AUGGAUGGUAAUAAUAAAUCUGGGAGUGGAAGUGAGGGCAAAAAUGAGCGAGCGAGAGUGCUAUGCAAGACGAGCAACUGCCGCUUAGUGGUGCGGGCAGCAGCGGGUUCCUUUGGUAAGGUCCUUGUCGAAAUCAAGGAUGUCCCUGUCGGAGCCGAUCUCCCCAAUCUACUAAUAGCUAAAACAUUUGAUCCUCGGUUUAACUACGAGCGCAAAAAUACAUUCUCGAGACGAUCUCCCAUCCCCUGGUCCGCAGCCAAAGAAAAGGCUGCGGCCGACCGUCGUGCAUUUGCACUGGGUGAUGACUUUAGUAUCCCUCAAUGGGAGAGAGAAAGGCUCGUUCCGAAGCCUACAGACGCCUUUGGCACCUUCGAGGUUCUACCAUUCCCUGGCUCUAUGGUUCAGGUCGGGUCGCUUUAG